UGGUUACGGGCAGCACGCGCACCUGUACGCUUGUCAUACGUCACAUACCUGCCUGGCCGACAGAACGAACGUCUGCGAGGUUGGAACUGGUUGCAUGCCGUAACCCAUCUCUUAUAGUCAACUGCGUAGGAAGAAGAGAGAGGCGAAGAUUGCAGACGAUUCAUUUGCUCUUUACUUUCAACGCUACGAUAACAUCACGAUUGUCAAUUUCCCCCUUUCAUCGCGAGGAACUUACUAGCGAACCAAGUGAAAUCAAGAAGUCAGUACGUAAUUAGUGACUGACUAUCCAGCUAUACGUAACACUCCGUAAAACGUCGAAAACGAUCACGACUGGAAAUUUUUCCCAAUUCAUCGCAAGGAACUUGACUCGCGAACCGAGUGAAAUCGAGAAGUAGAUACCAGUGAUUAUUGUCUAUACUACCAUACGUAUACGUGUAAGAGACGUUGGACGUUGUACGUGUAUAACCCAUACCGAUCUUACACAGAAUUUGCGUAUAAGCCGCCAUGCUUUCAGUAUAUAUCGUCUGCGCUGUGCUCUGUCUGGCCAGGAGUCAAACUCAGGAUGUCCUGUCAGGUGAAAAUUCGACGGCCGGUGAUGUAUCUACGGGCACGACGGUCUCUAUGGUAUGGCUCGAUGAGACGGGGUCGACUGCGACCGAGCCAUUUCGGAACACCACGCAACAGGAUUUGACCGAAUGGAAUGGGACGGCGUACGGAAUCGACCAAACAUCAACUGCCGGAUCCGACUCGGACAUUAACACGAGUUGCUCGUGUGAACUGGGCGAAGUGACGCAUUUUCCUCGGCUCCUCUUCCCCGCCAGCAUCCCCGUAGCGGGACAAGCGAGCAUCUUAAUCAUCGUCGUGCUGUACUUACUCGUUGCCAUGGUGAUCACGCUAGACGACUGUUUCGUACCGGCCAUCGAGCGAUUCUGUCAAGCCUCGCGCUACGUGCCGGGCGAGCCACAGCUACAUGAUGGACUACACUAG